AUGGCUUCCGAACCCAGCGAGGACGCCAUCGCGAACUUUGUCAGCUUCACGAGCACGACGCGCGAGCAAGCCAUCAACUUUCUGAAGGCUCAUAACCUCGACUCACAGAAAGCCAUCAACGCGUACUUUGAAGAUCCCACCGGCCCUCAUCCAAAGGCUGAUAGCUACCACAAUGACAAACGGACUCUCACGUGGGAUUUUGACCAACAGGACAAUGCGCCCCCAAUACCCGCAACAGCACCACCCUCGCGUCCACCUUCUCGAAUGAACAUGAACGAUACAGAUAAGAAAACUGUUCCUGGGGCAACGGCUCAACAAGGUACCGGGCAGGGUCUAAGCCUGGCGGAGCGCGAAGAAAAGGAACUACAACAGGCAGUAGCCAUGUCGUUGAACGCCGGCCUGGGGCAGCAGGAAGUCGGCGUGACAUCGAGCAGCCAGCCCCAAUUCGGCAAGGCAACUCGGGAUCACUACGAGGAAGGUGACUGGGCAAUGACUUUAUUCAAUACCACCUCUGAAGAGUUCACACUCGGACCCGAACCGGAAGACCGCAGGAGAGGCCAGGGUGAGCCUGCGUUCAUACGCCCAACCCAAGAUGGUCUCUACAUAGGUGGAUUUUUGACCAUUAUCCACGAGAUUCCUCUCGCCCGCGAGGCGCUACUUUUUAGAAAGAAACCGCUGUUUGACUACGGACAUGAGCCACAGUGGUGGAAUGGGCAGUCUAUUAAUCUACCCAAGAUCGUCACAGUGAACGAUGACAAUCGAGACGCCGACUGGGACGACGUCAUUCAUGAAGCGCAGCGACUAAUGGCCUUUAUGGAUUCCACAAAGCGAUCCUUUGGGAGCAGCGACAGCUUGGCAAGAAUCCGGAGUCUCUCUCUGUUAUCCGCCGACUCAGAGGAGAUAGUCACAAGGUUCCUGGAAGCAUGGCACAGCGCCGCCAUUCGAGCCGACCCUGACAAUCAGCUUGCAGCUAUUUUCACGUCACAUGCAUUCAAGCAACAAUCCCAUGACUACGAUGAGCCUGCCACCAAAGAUCUUUUUACUUUCGAAAUUCCCGUUGAACCAGACCAUGGCCAGAGUCUAUAUGAGGUCAUCGAUAGAGCUUUAUGGAACGAGGGACCAGAGGAAGAGCUUGAAAAUAUCUGGAUUGAAAACAUAGCAGAGGUACUAUGCAUCAAGCUUGACUGUCUGCAAAGACCAAACGCUGUGGAUGUGAACAUUCCUGCUACUUUUUACGCGGAUCGGUAUCUCAGCAGCUGUCGUGAAACCGCUCGCGAACUUCGCUUGAAGCGACAGCAGAUUCAGCGCGACAUUCUGAAACUGGAGAAACUCAUACGCCAUUACACUUUCCCAAAGAAUCCUGUGGGUAAGAUGACAGUCAAAGAGUUGCUCGAGAGAGCAGCAGCGGCUGCUCCUGUGGUGGUGCUGGAGGGUUCAAACAAUGCUGCUCGUGCCCAGGAGGCGGGUGUGGAUGUGAAGCAAGUCGCUGAACAAUUGAGAGCGAUUGCCGCCAAGAUCGAAGAGAAAAUCCAAGAGUUAGAGAUUAGUAAGGAGAAGGCUGUGGCAUCUCUCCGCGAGAUCGCCAAAACACUCACUGAACCUUCUGAAUCGCCCUCCGAGCCCCCUUCAUACAAAUACACACUACGAGGCGUAUGCACUGAACCACACGUCACCUAUGUUCUUUCUAAUGCAAAGGCGGGCUCCCCAGACCUAAUGGAUAUGGAAGAGGAGAGCGGAGAACAGUGGUGGCGCAUCAGCUACUCCACGGAGGAUGGAAAGACCGGGCAAGCAGAGAAACGGAAAGCCAAGGGAGACAACACGGCACCCCAGAAUGGAGAUGUUGUUGGCUACAGCGUCUCAAAGGUCCAAGAGAAUGAAGUUCUCCAAGCCGCCCGUGAUGAGUGGAGAUCUGUGUUACUUGUUUAUGCAAGCGAGAAUGCUAUGAAGGCGCCGGUCGACCCUGCGCCGUCUCAACUUCAGGCCUUCGUCAACAGAGACAAUGACGCUUUCGAGGCUGAAUUCGAUCAGACCGCCACAAUCAUUAACAGUGACCAAGAAGAAGAUCCCUGGGCGGUACCCAGCAGUACUGAAGCUCAACACAGCGAGCAACCAGAGAUGACCGAGAAGCGCCAGCAAGUUAAUGUCUUUGACUACGAGGUUUCUGGAUUCGACGACGAGCCAGGACCCAGGCAAGAGAUGCAGCAGAGGGAUGGUGGCAGCCUCCUGAGCAAGGGCACUACCAAGAACUCUCCGCCGAAUACAUUGCAGAUUGAUCCGGAGCGGAAGUCUGCGCACGACGAAGAAAUGACUGACCAUGUCGAGCAUGCGUAG